AUGAAGUGGUUCAAAGGGAGCUUGUACGGAGCCUUCCGCCGUGAAUUCCUCGAAUUUGCAUUACACAGUCCUAAGUCGCGGCCUCUCUUGGACGCUGUCAUGUCAGACAAGGAGGUUUUGCAUCCAGAUGAGCUCUUUUUCCAGACCCUCGCUUUUAACGCUCACCUUGGGGCACCUGGUGCUUGCCUUAACAUCCCUCUGCCAACGGAGGUCAAUGAAGGCUACCCAGGACGCUAUGUUCUCUGGGGAGAUCGGCAUACAUUCUGCCCCACCAAAUAUGUUCGCGGGGUCUGCAUACUCGGCAGCCCGCAUGUUCCUAAGAUGCGACAUAGUCAUCAUCUCUUUGCAAACAAGAUGCACGCGGACUACUACCCCGAGGCCUACGACUGCAUGGAGCAAUGGUAUUUCCAACGACUCCAUCGUGAAUGGCAACAUGGUGGCAUUGAUCAAGAAGCCUUUGUGCCAGGAGAAUACAUGCGGCUGACCUGCUCGAAGUACCACGUCCACUAG